AUGAGACGAGGCAACAAAUCUCACAAGGUACCCAAUGUCAAACUUCGUCCAGCCCAACCAGCACCAAAACAUGCCACUGCGCGACCAGGACCUGACAUGGAGCCAAGCUCAGACACAGAGUUCUCUGCUCCGGCAGCAAGCAUGGUCGACCUAUGUCCUCGACCCUUCACAGGAUUUACACUUUGCGCGACUGGGAACAUGGACAAGGCCACCGUCUUCAAGCAGGCAUUCGAGCUUGGCGCGUCGUCCACGCCCGACUUCACCGACCGCGUUACGCAUCUUAUCGCUAGUUCACAUGGAGGGGCCAAGUAUACCUGUGCGCUCGAGCGAAAAAUACCCAUCAUGUCGCCGGAGUGGAUAGCAGAGGCCCAUGCGAUAUGGUUGCGCGGAGACGACGUCGACGUCGAGCAGGUAACACGAGGACACCGGCUACCUGUUUUCUCUGACUGUGUAGUAUGCGUAACUGGCAUCGACGAUAUCUCAAGACGCACGGAAAUCAACGCACUCGUCACCCGGUGCGGAGGCACCUACGUCAAAGCCAUCGAACGACCCGUACGCGUCACUCAUCUUCUCUGCGGAGACGAUUUCAACGACGGUGAGGAAGGUGGUCGGGGAGACGAUGGUAGGACGGAUAAGAUGCGGUAUGCCGAGAAGUUCAAUUUGCGGGGCGAGGCGAACAUUCACAUUAUCUGGGAGGAGUGGGUAUGGGAUUGCGUGGAGUUCGGAGGUAGAUUUGAUGAACGACGUUACUCCGUAAGCCGGACAGCGAAACCCAAAGAACGAAGAACAUGCGAAGAACCCACCAUGUCGUACCCUGUCGAGGACACAGCCCCUCCAGGGACGAACCCCACCGCAGGAGGUGCUUCAUCCCGCCACGGCUCUCGCACUAUCAGCCGCCAACCCACGCGCCGAAUCAGUGGUGAAGGUGUGACCACUGCUAACAGCAAGCAUAGCAACGGUGCGGAUGAAGAGGAAGAUGAGCCAGCCUCGAAACGCGAACCGUCCCACCCAGCCGCGCGCCUGCAGCUCUGGGAACAGCUCCUCAAGCCACGCGGCUUCGUCAUGGACGGCGGGCAACUCAUCAAGUCCCCCGAGCGGUCCCAGCCCUCUCGGCGCGCCAUCGACGGCCAGGACCCUCCUGCGAGCGACGAGGACAUGCCGUCUACGCUCUCUAAGCCCGCGAAGAAGCGCCCGGUCCAGCGACGCGCGACGCUGCGCGAGCCUGUGCAGUCGAAGGACGCGCAUGGGGCCACUAGUGUGCUUGCGGGUCUGCGCCGUGCAGAUUCGUUUGCGCCAGAGUCGGCGGGAGGUGCGCCGGGUGCGGCGAGGAGGAUGCCAUUUGGGCGGGCGGCGACCGUCACUUCGGUGGCGGGUGAUCGACCGGGUCCCGCAGAUGCGGAGGGAAGCAGGAUGGCUGAGGGACGGAUGGAGCUGGACGAACGGCCUGGAGUUAUUGUUGAGGAGCCUGAGCCGGUGGAAGGUGGGGGUGGAGGAGGUGCCCCGAAGGCGUUGUUUGUAGGUCGCAGGUUCCGUCUUCUGGGCGAGGCAUCGACGCCUGCUGUUCGAAGCGCUAUUCAGAGCCACGGAGGCGUCGUGUUGGAGGACAAACGCGUCGAGGUGGACUAUAUUGUUGUUCGGUUGACGAGCGGCAAGAAACUCUACGAUUUGGCCCCGCCAUCGCUUCGACACAAGUUUCGCACGGAAUGCUGGCUCGAGCACUCGGUUUUUCUAGAAAGGAUAUGCGAACCUCAUGAGAACUUAUCCUUUCAACCGAUUCAGGUUGAAUGUCCAGUCAAAGGCUCGGAGUCGGUCGACGUGAGUUUAUCAGGUCUUGACCAGGCCGAGCUCUGCUGGGUUCGCCGAUUAAUGCGGGUUCUGGGUAUCUCGCUAGGUCAGACUUUCUCCAGACGGACAACACAUCUCGUCUGCCCUAGUGCAAACGGAGCGAAAUACGAUAAAGCGCUGGAGUGGAAUAUACCUGUCGUCAACCUCUCCUGGCUUGAAGAUGCGGCUCGUCUCGGCACCGUCCCACAUAAUUUAGAAGCCUACUCCGUCCAGCCAGCUGGAGAAAUGGCCAUCGUUGCUGAUAAGGGAAAGGCCAAAGUUUCGGUGAACGAAGAUGUACAGAUGGUUGAUAUCACGAACAAUAAUGAACCUCAGCAUGUAUCAAUGCCUCGCAAGAAACCUCCACUGCGUCCUGGACGCGUCCCGACGCUUCCUAGCAUUGAUGCCGAUAUCCCAACCGCUGCCCGCUUUCCGAAUGCGCAAUCCGCAGGAAGCUCGUUCUUCGGGCAGCCCAAAGGGCUCCUUGCUCCUCCUUCCCAGGCAUCACCUACACCCGCACACGAAGCAGCAGGGGCAUUAGCACCUCUUCCACGACACAACUCCGCAUCAUCAUCCCUCGAGUACCUUCCCGUUCCCCUCCCACAUGCACCACGCGCGAGCGGCCGUCUUCCCCCGUCCGACUUCCCUUCAAGUUCUCCACCUCCCGUACCUGCCUCGGAUGACGCCGAUGCAGACCUCCUCGGCGCGCCAAGCUCCCCUCCCACCGAGCUGGGCGGCCUAGAAGACAUGCCCCCGCCGAGCAGUCCACCAGCGCCCGAACGUGUCCCAUCAUCCAGGUCGCCCUCGCCGAUGAAGCUCCCCUCUCAAGUCCGAGCUCGAAUUCAGCGCGGCGGCAAGGGCGACGCGCGCAUGCUGUCCGCCUCGCCGCAGAAAGACAACAUCAGGGCGACGCGGGAUGGGGAAGCGGACAUGCUCGCGCUCAAGGAGAGCAUCACGUCGAUGCUCGGCAAGCGCCAGGGCUCGAUGCUGAGCAUGACCGACGAUGAGGACGAGCUCAAUCUCGGCUACGGUCCCGCCACGGGGCAGGGCGCGGGCGCAGGUGGGCGGAGAGGGAAGCGCGUACGGCCGAGUACGACGCGUAGCAAGCUCGCGUCGCGGCAGGUUUCUAAGGAGACGUUUGGCGGCGCGCCGGUGCAGUCUGUGCAGGCGCACGUCGACCCGGAGGCGUACGCGGAGAUGAUGGGUGUGCAGAGCACGGAGGAGAGUAUGCGUGUCACGUAUGAGGACCCGAGACAGCAUGAGGAGCGGUUGAGGAUUAUGAAUUUGCUUGGGGGCGGUGAUGCGGAUGCUGCGAGCGGUGGCGGCGGCGAGAGCAGCAAGAGUGAGAGUCAGAUGUCGACGAGGUCAAGGACGAAGCGAGGGGCAGCGAGGGGGUGAUUUAAGAGAUUAUUGCAUAAGAACAGAGAACCAUACGUAUACUACAAAUACACUGUCUGUAACAUAUCCUUCCCCAUUCUUAUUGGUUUGUCCCCCAGUUUCAAUGGAGUAGUUAUCGGCAUAGUUGGAACCCUGCUCCAUGCCAUCCCUAUUUCUUCCUGUGAUUUUGUGAGCCUCUCAUCCACGGGUUUCAUGAGGAGCCAACCAUUCAAAGGAGGGCAAGUCACCACAAAAACUUGCUUCGAGUGACUCUCAAAGUUGUACUUUGUGAUACCAAGGGCGAAUUCAGUGGAACCGAAAUACGUAGCGGGAACGCUGUCGGGAGCUUCUUCAACGGUGAAGGUGAGCCCCGACAGGAUGGAGCUCUCGAACGUGAAGGUAUAUUUUCCGUACUACUGAUAAUGUUGGAAGCUUAGAGGUAAGAUGACCAGAGAGAGACGAAGACCUUUGCCAGUGAGUGUCAUGUCCAUUCGGCAGCCACGCGUUGAAGAUUGCGAUCUUAGAGGCGGUGGGCUGGAGUAGCUCGCUGGCGAAGCGGGAAUGCAUUCGGUAGAAUGAUGUUGGGCUGGAUUUCCUCCCCAGUUGAGGACGGAAGAGUCGCCCCCGGCCACCAUGAUAGCCUCGAUGAGACGACAGAACGCCCGGUCAAGGCCUUCACCGUAUGCGGUUGCGAUAGAAAUGUCAAAGAGGCCCAUCAAAGAAUACGCUGUGUCUUCCUCCCUAGUGACCUCUCGGCUUGCCGCCCACGUCAUGCGCAUAUCAACUUCUCGAGGGGAUGGCUGGAAACAGUUCAGCUCGCGCAUAGAUAUUCUUGUCACUUUAGAUGCGAUUUUCAAAGCUGCGCUACCAUUCCACUCCUCCCAAAGUGGUCUCUGUCUGUUUUUUUCUUGCUUCUCGUUGAACCAGAAUGAGGAUAAGGAACCGGUGCCUAUUAGACGGGACCAGUUCUUGUUGAAGAACUGAAUUCGUUCCGGCGCUAGAAGCUCCUGCAGAGUCCAGCCUCUGCUGAACCACUCGUCUCCGGCCAUGUCUCCCAGCGACGUAGUCUGAUCAAGGUGGACGAUGCAAAGGGAGGAGUUCCGAUACCACUUGAACAUGGACCGGAUGGACUCGUCAAGCUCUGCGCUGCUGGUCUUGUCGAUACAACAUGUGUCGACCCAUGCAUAGGGCAUACCCUGGCGUGCCGCCUCGGUACAAAAGCGGACUACUUUGGCCCACCCACCCGACAGAAGACGUCGUUCAUUGCCGAAGUCUUGAAGAGUGAUCUCGUCAUCCGACCACCUGUGCGAAAGAAUGGCGUAGCGGACUCUCUUCCGCACGAAGUCCGUGAUGCCUUCUUUCUUCCCUUUCCCUUGUCCUUGCCACUCAUAAGACUUUGGAACCUCAAACUGGUCAAGGAAAUAGUGCUGAAAGUUUUCCUUCACUUCCCGACGUCCGACAAGCUUCAGAUCU